AUGGGGGUCCAAAAGGACAGAACCGGCGUGUGCAUAUGGGCUCCCGCAUGUCUUGAUACUAGCAACCCUGAGUGUGGGCCAUUCCUCCCCGUGGUGGGGGAGGAUGGCUUCAAACCUCAACCGCCAGUCCUCCCUGUGGUGGGGGAGAAUGGCUUUAAGCUGCAAUGGCCAGUCCUCCCUGUGGUAGGCGAGGAUGGCUUAAUGCCUCUGAUCGCCACCAUGCCUCUAGCAGCCAGUCCUCCAUGUGGUGGGGGAGGAAGGCUCAAUGCCUCAAACAACCAGCCCCUUCCAAGGCAUGUGACUGUCAAACUAUACCCAUGCAGACCAGAGCGCACAAGGGCGCGGACAGCAGCAGAGCGGCAACAGGCAGCACAGGCACGGGCAGCAACGGGCAGCAACGGGCAGCACAGGCACGGGCAGCAACGGGCAGCAACAGGCAGCACAGACUCGGGCAGCAACGGGCGGCAACAGGCAGCACAAGCACGGGCAGCAACGGGCGGCAACGGGCAGCACAGGCACGAGCAGCAACAGGCAGCAACAGGCAGCACAGGCUCGGGCAGCAACGAGCGGCAACGGGCAGCACAGGCACGGGCAGCAACAGGCAGCAACGGGCAGCACAGGCACAGGCAGCAACGGGCGGCAACAGGCAGCAUAGGCACGGGCAGCAACAGGCAGCACAGGCACGGGCAGCAACGGGCGGCAACGGGCAGCACAGGCACGGGCAACAACGGGCGGCAAUGGGCAGCAACGGGCGGCAACGGGCAGCACAGGCACGGGCAGCAACGGGGCGGCAACGGGCAGCACAGGCACGGGCAGCAACGGGCGGCAACGGGCAACACAGGCACGGGCAGCAACGGGCGGCAACGGGCAGCACAGGCACGGGCAGCAACGGGCGGCAACGGGCAGCACAGGCACGGGCAGCAACAGGCAGCAACAGGCAGCACAGGCUCGGGCAGCAAUGGGCGGCAACAGGCAGCACAGGCACGGGCAGCAACGGGCGGCAACGGGCAGUACAGGCACGGGUAG